GCCGCGGCAGCAUCCCCGAGAGCCGGGCGGGCAAACUCCUCCUCCCUCCCGCUCUCAUCCCCGCUCUCCCCGCUUCCUUUGCAAAGAUGGCAACCGAGGGGCUGCACGAGAACGAGACCCUGGCAUCGCUGAAGAGCGAGGCCGAGAGCCUGAAGGGCAAGCUGGAGGAGGAGCGGGCCAAGCUGCACGACGUGGAGCUUCAUCAGGUGGCAGAGCGUGUGGAGGCGCUGGGGCAGUUCGUGAUGAAGACGAGGAGGACCCUGAAGGGCCAUGGAAACAAAGUUCUCUGCAUGGACUGGUGCAAAGACAAGAGAAGAAUUGUCAGCUCCUCCCAGGAUGGGAAGGUGAUCGUGUGGGAUUCCUUCACUACCAACAAAGAGCACGCCGUGACCAUGCCGUGCACCUGGGUGAUGGCCUGUGCAUACGCCCCAUCUGGAUGUGCCAUUGCUUGUGGUGGCCUGGACAACAAGUGUUCUGUGUACCCUCUGACAUUUGAAAAAAAUGAAAAUAUGGCUGCAAAGAAGAAAUCUGUUGCAAUGCACACGAACUACUUGUCUGCCUGCAGCUUCACUAACUCAGACAUGCAGAUCCUGACAGCAAGUGGAGAUGGAACCUGUGCUCUAUGGGAUGUUGAGAGUGGGCAACUUCUACAGAGUUUCCAUGGUCAUGGAGCUGAUGUCCUGUGCCUGGACCUGGCUCCUUCUGAAACAGGAAAUACAUUUGUCUCUGGGGGAUGUGACAAGAAAGCCAUGGUUUGGGACAUGCGGACCGGUCAGUGUGUCCAGUCAUUUGAAACCCACGAUUCAGAUAUCAACAGUGUCAGAUAUUAUCCAAGUGGAGAUGCUUUUGCCUCUGGUUCAGACGAUGCCACGUGUCGUUUAUAUGACCUUCGUGCAGACAGAGAAGUGGCAAUUUAUUCCAAAGAGAGCAUCAUUUUUGGAGCAUCCAGUGUGGACUUCUCUCUCAGUGGUCGCCUGCUGUUCGCAGGCUAUAACGAUUACACCAUCAAUGUCUGGGAUGUGCUGAAGGGAUCCCGUGUGUCCAUCCUGUUCGGACAUGAGAACCGUGUCAGCACCCUGCGGGUCUCUCCCGACGGGACCGCCUUCUGCUCGGGCUCCUGGGACCACACCCUCCGAAUCUGGGCGUAACCUGAGAUCCUAUAUGCAGAAUCAAAUGAAGACUGAAACUCUGGACUACAAAAACUGCAGAAAGAAGCCAUUCCUCAAAAUCAGAUAUUCACUACAGUCCAAAAGAGUAACACUCAACCCACAGGUUAACACAACUAGAUAGAAAAUGUAGUCUGCUUGAACACAGA